UAAUCAAGCCUCAAACAUUAACAAAGCACCAGGACAGGGAAAAAACAAUGUUCUUCCAAAAGGAAGACCUUGAUCUGGUGCUUGUGCCUGCUGGGUUGCUCUUCAUGUUUUCUUACCAUCUCUUCCUCCUCUACAGAUACCUCAAUCAUCCUCACACCACCGCUCUCGGCUUUGAAAACCAUAACAAGAGAGCUUGGGUUGAAAGAAUUCUGCUGAAUUACGACAAGGAUACCAUCACUGUAGCAGUUAAUGUGAUAACAAGCAACAUAACCGCAGCAACUGUCUUAUCCACAAUCUCCAUCACCCUCAGCUCUCUCAUUGGAGCCUGGCUUGGCGGCUCUUCCAAUAACGUAUUCGAGAGCAGCUUAAUUUACGGGGACACCAGGGCGCCCACCAUUUCACUCAAAUACAUAAGCCUGCUCGUAUGUUUUCUUUUAGCCUUCUCAUGUUUUGUCCAAUCAAUAAGGCAUUUUGUGCAUGCAAACUAUCUGAUCAGCAUACCAGAAAGUGACACACCUCUGCAAUUCGUUCAAACUGCAGUUAUCAGGGGAGGUGAAUUUUGGUCUCUAGGACUCAGAGCUCUUUAUUUUGCUCUUAUUAUGCUUCUAUGGUUUUUUGGUCCAAUACCCAUGUGUGUUUCUUCCAUUGCUAUGGUGAUUGUCCUUCAUCAUCUUGACAUCAAUAGAACUCCGUUGCACCAUUUUUCAUCUCCCUGGAGCCUGAAGAACGGAAAAAUGGGUCGGUGACAGACAGAAUAUCGGCGGUUGCACAAUGAAGAAUUCGAUCAAGUUCCACAAAACAUUAAUUAAUGUAUUAAGAAAACUAGUUCUGAAAUAAUUGCUUGUGAGACAACAAGAUGGCGAAUGUUUUUCUCUGUUGUUUAUCUGAAUAUCAUAGUUUUUUAAUUAAAGAGAUUGAUAAAGUCCAAGCAUUGCUUGCAAAACUUGUAUUGGUAAGCAAGCAAUAGAGGAGUUGAACUUUGUUUUGUUGGGGGAA